AUGGGUCUGAUAAGUACAAUAUGGUUGAUUCUCCCGCAGUGGAAACCACUGAUCGAAACACCUGCAAGCCUCUGUCAGUCUGACUGGCAAUGCCUUCGCUACUCACAGCAGACAAAUAGUUUUGAGUUGUCGCUCGAAGUGCAGGAUGUGAAGAAGGAUGGCCAGGGCCGUAGAAAUACCAGUGCCGACCGGUGGAUCCUCGGUCCGCUCAGCAAACGAGACAAUUCAACAAGGAAACCGUAUACGUUUGCGGACAUGACAGAGAUUGCCGAUGAGGACUGGCUACAGCCCAUCCCAAGAUCUGCCUUCCUGCUCUAUCCGCAGGCGCUGGAUAUUAAGCAGGUGGUUGAUGACAUUAGAAAAAACCGUCCCAUACCAGAGGUAGUCCGAUUACUUAUUGUCAGUUCAACUGUCUGCGUGCCGGAUAAAGCAGUCAACAAGCCCCUAGACGCUAUCGUGGUGAUCAAGUCCGCUGUCUACAAUUUCGAGGAUCGUAAGCCUGUACGGAGUGCUUAUGCCAAGGAAGCCGAGAGUGAACCGGCCUUCCGCAUGGCCACGGUCUUCUCCCUGGGACUGCCUCGAAGCAGCGGUGGUCGCUACUUCAAACGCGACGGUAUAAACAUCUCUCUGCCAGGCCGGGCGGGCGCCUCACUGGAAAAGAUGCAGUCCCGGGGGCUGAAAGUCCUGAGACAGCUAGCAGAAGAAGCCCAACGCCACGGUGACCUCGUGUUGGGCGACUACGAAGACACCUACUAUAAACUCAGCCUGACAUUAUUUCACACCUUCCAGUGGGCGUCUCGCUUCUGUCGCGGACACGUUACGCACCAGCAGCAAAGACCUCCCGUCUUUAUUCUCCUGGAUGACGACUAUGCCUUUAAUGCCAGUCGCCUGAAGGCGGAAUUGGACGCCCUCUCGGACGCACAGCUUCGACGAUUGGUGCUGGGUUCCCCAAUGAAUGGAAGUAAGGUAUAUCGUCCGCUUGUGUCUCCGAGAAUGGAAAAGUGGGUCAUUUCAAAACGCCAAGUGCCCUGGCCCUACUUUGCGCCUUAUGGUUCUGGUGCCUUUCUCGUCCUUGGCGCUGAUGUCCUCCAGGAAAUUGCCCUAGCCAUGUACUUCAACGUGCAGUUUCCAGUGGACGACGCCUGGCUAGGCAUGGUCAUGACAAAGUUAAACCUCUACGUUCAGCAGCAUCCACACAUGCAUAUUAAUCGACCGAAAGCGGAUGGGAAGGAGUUGGUUCUGUUUGCCCCCUUCGACUACCUCUUCGGUGGUUAA